GCCAAGCAUCAGCAAGAGUAGCAGCGAGCAGCCGCGGUGGUGGCGGCGGCGCGUCGUUGCAGUUGCGCCAUCUGUCAGGAGCGGAGCCGGCGAGGAGGGGGCUGUCCGCGGGCGAGGAGGAGGGGUCGCCGCGAGCCGAAGGCCUUCGAGACCCGCCCGCCGGCCGGCGGCGAGAGUAGAGGCGAGGUUGCCCUGCGAGCGGCGCGUCCUCUCCCGCCCGGGCGCGCCGCGCUUCUCCCAGAGAGGACCGCCCGGGCGCACACAAAGCCGCCGCCUGCGUCGCACCGCCCGGCGGCCGCCGCCCGCGCCAGGGAGGGAUCCGGCCGCCGGGCCGGGGACACCCCGGCGCCGCCCCCUCCGUGCUCUCGGAAGGCCCACCGGCUCCCGGGCCCGCCGGGGAGCUCCCGGAGCCGCCUCGGCCGCGCCGGAGGAGGGCGGGGAGAGGACCAUGUGAAUGGGCUCCGGAGCCUGAGCGCCGCGCAGUUUUUUUGAAGAAGCAGGAUGCUGAUCUAGACGUGGAAAAAGACCAGUCCUGCUGCUGUUGUAGAAGACAUGUGGUGUAUAUAAAGUUUGUGAUCAUUGGCGGAAAUUUUGGAAUUUAGAUAAUGGGCUGUGUGCAAUGUAAGGAUAAAGAAGCAACAAAACUGACGGAGGAGAGGGACGGCAGCCUGAACCAGAGCUCCGGGUACCGCUAUGGCACAGACCCCACCCCUCAGCACUACCCCAGCUUCGGUGUGACCUCCAUCCCCAACUACAACAACUUCCACGCAGCCGGGGGCCAAGGACUCACCGUCUUUGGAGGUGUGAACUCUUCGUCUCAUACGGGGACCUUGCGUACGAGAGGAGGAACAGGAGUGACACUGUUUGUGGCCCUUUAUGACUAUGAAGCACGGACGGAAGAUGACCUGAGUUUUCACAAAGGAGAAAAAUUUCAAAUAUUGAAUAGCUCGGAAGGAGAUUGGUGGGAAGCCCGCUCCUUGACAACUGGAGAGACAGGUUACAUUCCCAGCAAUUAUGUGGCUCCAGUUGACUCUAUCCAGGCAGAAGAGUGGUACUUUGGAAAACUUGGCCGAAAAGAUGCUGAGCGACAGCUAUUGUCCUUUGGAAACCCAAGAGGUACCUUUCUUAUCCGCGAGAGUGAAACCACCAAAGGUGCCUAUUCACUUUCUAUCCGCGAUUGGGAUGAUAUGAAAGGAGACCACGUCAAACAUUAUAAAAUUCGCAAACUUGACAAUGGUGGAUACUACAUUACCACCCGGGCCCAGUUUGAAACCCUUCAGCAGCUCGUACAACAUUACUCAGAGAGAGCUGCAGGUCUCUGCUGCCGCCUAGUAGUUCCCUGUCACAAAGGGAUGCCAAGGCUUACCGAUCUGUCUGUCAAAACCAAAGAUGUCUGGGAAAUCCCUCGAGAAUCCCUGCAGUUGAUCAAGAGACUGGGAAAUGGGCAGUUUGGGGAAGUAUGGAUGGGUACCUGGAAUGGAAACACGAAAGUAGCCAUAAAGACUCUUAAACCAGGCACAAUGUCCCCCGAGUCAUUCCUCGAGGAAGCGCAGAUCAUGAAGAAGCUGAAGCACGACAAGCUGGUCCAGCUGUACGCAGUGGUGUCUGAGGAGCCCAUCUACAUCGUCACCGAGUAUAUGAAUAAAGGAAGUUUACUGGAUUUCUUAAAAGAUGGAGAAGGAAGAGCUCUGAAAUUACCAAAUCUUGUGGACAUGGCAGCACAGGUGGCUGCAGGAAUGGCUUACAUCGAGCGCAUGAAUUAUAUCCAUAGAGAUCUGCGAUCAGCAAACAUUCUAGUGGGGAAUGGACUCAUAUGCAAGAUUGCUGAUUUCGGAUUGGCCCGAUUGAUCGAAGACAAUGAGUACACAGCAAGACAAGGUGCAAAAUUCCCCAUCAAGUGGACGGCCCCUGAGGCAGCCCUGUACGGGAGGUUCACGAUCAAGUCUGACGUGUGGUCUUUUGGAAUCUUACUUACAGAGCUGGUCACCAAAGGAAGAGUGCCAUACCCAGGCAUGAACAACCGGGAGGUGCUGGAGCAGGUGGAGCGAGGCUACAGGAUGCCCUGCCCGCAGGACUGCCCCAUCUCUCUGCAUGAGCUCAUGAUCCAUUGCUGGAAAAAGGACCCUGAAGAACGCCCCACUUUUGAGUACUUGCAGAGCUUCCUGGAAGACUACUUUACCGCCACAGAGCCCCAGUACCAACCUGGUGAAAACCUGUAAGGCCCGGGUCUGCGGAGAGAGGCCUUGUCCCAGAGGCUGCCCCACCCCUCCCCAUUAGCUUUCAAUUCCGUAGCCGGCUGCUCCCCAGCAGCAGAACCGCCCAGGAUCAGAUUGCAUGUGACUCUGAAGCUGACGAACUUCCAUGGCCCUCAUUAAUGACACUUGUCCCCAAAUCCGAACCUCCUCUGUGAAGCAUUCGAGACAGAACCUUGUUAUUCCUCAGACUUUGGAAAAUGCAUUGUAUCGAUGUUAUGUAAAAGGCCAAACCUCUGUUCAGUGUAAAUAGUUACUCCAGUGCCAACAAUCCUAGUGCUUUCCUUUUUUAAAAAUGCAAAUCCUAUGUGAUUUUAACUCUGUCUUCACCUGAUUCAACUAAAAAAAAAAAAGUAUUAUUUUCCAAAAGUGGCCUCUUUGUCUAAAACAAUAAAAUUUUUUUUCAUGUUUUAACAAAAACCAAUCA